CGUCCCAGCGCCCCGCCCAACGCAAGCAGCAGGCCCUCACCGAGGGUGCGCAGGCGGCGCCCGCCGUUUACGACUGGCCGGAAAGUAGCGACCGCAGCAAGGGCCGUGCGGAGCCAGGCCACUAUGGGGAAAAUCGCGCUGCAGCUCAAAGCCACGCUGGAGAACGUCACUAACCUCCGGCCUGUGGGGGAGGACUUCCGGUGGUACCUGAAGAUGAAAUGUGGCAGCUGUGGCGAGAUUUCAGAGAAGUGGCAAUACAUUCGGCAGAUGGACAGUGUGGCACUGAAGGGAGGCCGUGGUAGCGCCUCCAUGGUCCAGAAGUGCAAGCUGUGCGCGAGGGAAAACUCCAUUGAGAUUUUGAGCAGCACUAUCAAAUCUUACAAUACUGAAGACAAUGAAAAGUUCAAGACAAUAGUAGAGUUUGAGUGCCGGGGCCUUGAACCAGUUGAUUUCCAGCCCCAGGCCGGUUUCACUGCUGAGGGUGUGGAAUCAGGGACACUCUUCAGUGACAUCAAUCUACAGGAGAAGGACUGGACUGACUAUGACGAAAAGGCUCAGGAGUCGGUGGGAAUCUACGAGGUCACCCAUCAGUUUGUAAAGUGCUGAACCCUCUUCCUGCACACUUCUAAGAACUGAGAAGGGACAACACGUUCUAAGCAACAGCCCACUGAGGCUCAUUCCCUUGUUCCUUGUUCCCUAGCAGCUGUCUAAGCCCUCACAGUGUGCAUGCUGAUCUCUGUUACAGCUUCCCAAGCCCCACCAAUAAAGCCUGUUUGUGCUGUACUCGUGCAUGAAGGUACAGCCACUCUCUCCACAAAUAAGAA